AUGGCUCCCUUCUCUGGGGACGGUGUGCUAUGGCUCUGCCUAGGUAUCUCAUUAUUCUUCGCCGUCCGUGGCAUCGCUACAGACCUCCGUCAAGUCGUUGAUCUGACAGAAAUCAAACAUGUUGAAAAGGAAGACAAGAUCAUUAGCGAAGGGACAGAAGAAGCUCUCAAUUUAAAUACACUCUUAAAGCUUUCUCAAAGCACGAGCCAUGACCUCCGGGCUGCGGCCUUGCGCAUUAUUUCAGAAAGAUCCACCAAGGGAGACACUCGUGACUUGCUCUUGGAGGAACUGGCAUCCAGAAACAAAGUCCAACAAGCUCGAGCUUUGAAUGCAUUGAACUUUCUAGUGUCCAAUCGAGCCCUCACUCGUACUUCGAUUUGUGGGCGACUUGCCGACCUUCCCACCUUUACCGCUCUAAUCAAUUGCCUCUGCAAUUUCCUAGAAGAACAUGUUGAAAAGACCACAACGACAAACUCGCCCAUCCUACCAAAGACAAGACCUAUGGGAGAAAAAAAGGCGCUCAAUAUCUUGAACCUAUUGUUGCCGGAGAACGUACCCGAUGCGUUGGAAGCGGGGAUCAUCAGCCGGUGGCUCUGCAGGUAUCCUUUCCCAUGUGCGUUGGCCGAGCCUUCUCGCCGACGGGACGUGGUGAUUCUCAUGAAAACCUGGUGGUCAGAUGAUGCAGUCAUGAGUUCGAUAUUCAGCAUACUUUCCUCACAUCCGGAUGGGGUCAAGCAGUUGCGCAAGCAUGGGUUGAUGGGCAGCAUGAUAGAAGAAAAUGACCAUGACGAGGAGGAUGAUGAUGAUGCCGACAGUGAUAUAUGGAUGGUAGAUGCAGAUGAGGCAGGAGGUACAUUUGGUCGAAGUCCCCGUCGACCGCAAGAAGGAAGUGCUGAAGAUCAAGCACAGCGCCGACGAAGGAGAGAAGCUAUGGUCUUUAGCGAUAGUGGACAGCCGAUUGGCAGCGACGACAUCAUUCAGCGACCUAUUGAUUGA